AUGGGAUCAACAACCACCACCUCCUCUGCCCGUCUGCAGAACGACUUUGGGGCCGACCUAUGGGUGAAGAAUACUCCUAAACGGCACCCCACAGCAGGCCGUGGCCUCUUCGCCGGCCUCCAAGACAUGAAAAGCUACAAUGUCGACUCUGGCUGGGCGAAGCGCAGUGCCGCAGACAACCAGGGAUUCUUUGCAAGUUUAUUGAGUCGGUUCGUGGGUGGAUCGUAUAAACCUCCUACCGAUUGA